CACUGAAAAAAAAAAAAUAACAAUGGCCAGAACCAAGCAGACAGCCCGUAAGUCCACCGGAGGAAAAGCUCCCAGGAAGCAACUGGCUACCAAGGCUGCCCGUAAGAGCGCCCCGGCCACCGGCGGAGUGAAGAAGCCCCACCGUUACAGGCCCGGUACCGUGGCUCUCCGUGAGAUCCGUCGCUACCAGAAGUCCACCGAGCUGCUGAUCCGCAAGCUGCCCUUCCAGCGCCUGGUGAGGGAGAUCGCUCAGGAUUUCAAGACCGACCUGCGCUUCCAGAGCUCCGCCGUCAUGGCUCUGCAGGAGUCCAGCGAGGCUUACCUGGUCGGCCUUUUCGAGGACACCAACCUGUGCGCCAUCCACGCCAAGAGGGUCACCAUCAUGCCCAAAGACAUCCAGCUGGCCCGCCGUAUCCGCGGAGAGAGGGCUUAAACUGACCUGAGACCAGCCUACAGUCACACAACGGCUCUUUUAAGAGCCACAUACAAACCCUAACCGAGCAACAAAUCCUGAUCUAUUCUGUGUGUCUUGUGACUAAAUUACAUUAUUUAGAAUGGCACAGUAGGGGAGGUUU